AUGUCGAACAAACCCGGACCUGGUCGAGACUACGUCACAGCAGGAUAUCUCACCCAGGAAAAGACUCCACUCAGCAUCAAAAACCCCGCAUUCAGCAAGAAAGACGCAGUCAAGCUAGUCACAGAGCUAACCCAUUAUCUCAGUAGACAGGGCUGCACAUACUACGGCGUCACAUGCGCCUACCGCGUCCCCGAAGAAAAAUGGAAAUUCUGCGCCUGGUACACCAUGCCAGAGAUCACAGAAGCAGAAGCAAUGGCGAUACGCGCAAAGCUGUUAAAGUACUCAGCUGUCCCAGCCAAAUAUGACGGGCUUGUUGUGCAGGGUCGUUUUGAUCCGCAUUCAUUCUACUCUGCCGGCAUCACUGGGACCCAAUGGCGUUAUGUGACCAAGGUCUCGGUGUACGGGGCUAUGGCAUUCGUGAAGCGGGAGAAUGAUGAGAAGGACGUUAAUGAGAUGUUUGACUUGAGCCUUGUUGAUUCUGCAAGGUCUGACAUGGGUCGACCGGGGUAUACUCUGGGGACGAUGCUGGAUGUGCUGAAAUAUCCGAAGGAAAGGAAGUGA